AUGGCAGAAACAGUCGCAAAAUACAAAACACAACGGAGUACGCACUCAGUCAUACAGUUGCCUUCCCAAAAUGUCAGACAAUCCCGCAUAGAGGUCGUGUUAACAUUCAUAGUUAAUAGAGUAUAUUUAUCAAUAUGUUGUAAUAAAUUUUUGUACUAUAGCUAAAGAAUACAAAUGUUUACUUCCGAUGAACGUGAAGGAGAGAAAUCGUGUUGUGUUUUCGGAUAAUUGGAGUUUGCGUUUCGUCUCGGAAACAGAUACCCAUAAUGAAGUUUCUGGUGAUGACUCCUGCCCCAGAUGCUUAUGUGAGGAACUCAAAAAGUGGAUACCAGAGCUCAAGGAUUGCUCAGCGUGUUUAAGCAACUAUGAAGUUUUAAAUAUUUUGCAAAAUAUAAAGUCAGAUAAAAAGCAAAAAAUGAAACAAAAUCAAUUAGCAAGUAUAACAUAUCAAACUGUAAGAUAUUUAGAAGAGACUCCAUGUAAAAGACAAACACCUGAAAAAAUUAGAAGCUUUCUAAAAGCAUUAGAACCUUAUAAUUUGACAAAGUGUGAAAAAUUGACUCUUUUAAAUAUGUGUCCUAAAACACCUCUUGAAAUACAACUGAUUAUAGAAGAUAGUGAAGAUCGUUUAACUGAUGAUGAAGUAAAUUCUUUACUUCAGGUAGUAGCAAACUUUUUAGGUGAAAAUGAACAAAAUGGAUAG